AAAAGAGAAGGUAACUGUUGGUCUUUAUGUGUCUUCAGUCAAACAUAAAGCAACAGAUGUGUUGUCAGCCUUCUAAUAUCAGUAGGAGGGGUGAGUCGGAUUAAACGACAACACUGUUCGAGUGAUUUGCCAGCACUUUAGCUUUGAUGCAAAGGGUUGCAGGAAGCCUGCCAGUCAGUGUUAGCAGCAUACAGAGGGAUUGAAAGGUGUGUAAAAGCUCCAACACGCCAAGGGGGAAAAACACUUGGAACUACUAGUUGUUCCAACAGCUGUUUCGAGGGAAUUAAAGGACUGCAUCAACAGCAAACAUGAGGCUGGUCAGCGCUGGGGUUCGACUUCGGAGGGCUGCUGAGCCAUCUGAACCAGAAUCGGAAGAAGCAACAGAGCCAGCUCAUCAUGAACACCCUCACUCAGAACACCACGAACACGAACAUACAGAACAUCACCCGGGGCACGACUACAACCACAUGAAGGAAAAGUUCAUGAAUGAACUGAGUCAUCUGCCAAUUCCCAUGUGGGCAGUAGGAGCCAUCGUUGUGUUGGUUCUGGUUUUGGUAGCAUGCUUCAUCUUCUGUGUUUUCAAAAAAUGCUUUGGGAAAAAGAAAAAGCCAAAGAAAGUGAGAGAGAGGAAGGCAGGUCGCCGCAGAAAGGAAAAGGAAGGUGAAGGAGAGACUGGAGAGAAGGAGGGGGAGGUGAAGAAAGAAGGUGAGGAAGAGGAGAAAGAACAGGAAAAGUUGGGUAAGCUGGAGUUCUCCUUGGACUACAACUUCACAGAUUCCCAGCUCAUAGUGGGUAUCCUUCAGGCUCAGGAUCUUGCUGCUAUGGACAUGGGGGGAACUUCAGACCCCUAUGUCAAAGUCUUUUUGUUGCCAGACAAAAAGAAGAAGUAUGAGACCAAGGUUCAACGCAAAAACCUUUGCCCUGUUUUCAAUGAGACUUUCAUCUUCAAGAUUCCAUAUGCAGAGUUGGGCGGAAAGACUCUGGUGCUGCAGGUCUUUGACUUUGAUCGUUUCUCCAAGCACGAUAUGAUUGGUGAAAUAAAGAUUCCCAUGAACAGUGUUGAUUUGGGCCAGCCAAUGCAACAAUGGAGAGACUUAGAGAGUGGUGAGAAGGAGGAGGAAAAACUGGGUGAUAUUUGCAUUUCCUUACGCUAUGUACCCACUGCUGGAAAACUGACAGUGAACAUCAUGGAGGCAAAGAAUCUAAAGAAAAUGGAUGUUGGUGGCUUAUCAGAUCCAUAUGUGAAGAUUGUUCUGCAACAAAAUGGAAAACGGAUUAAGAAGAAGAAGACAACAGUCAAGAAAAACACACUCAAUCCUUACUUUAACGAGAGUUUCAGCUUUGACGUCCCCUUUGAGCAGAUACAGAAAGUGCAGGUUGUUAUCACAGUUUUUGACUACGAUAAACUUGGAAGCAAUGACCCCAUUGGAAAGACCUUCAUGGGUUAUGGAGCUACAGGAGUCGGCCUGCGCCACUGGUCAGAUAUGCUUGCCAAUCCCAGACGUCCAGUAGCUCAGUGGCACACGCUCCUGCCUGAGGAAGAAGUCGAUGCAGCACUGAAAGCAAAACCUCGUUAGAGGCCACUUCAACGGAUUAUCAAAUGCUGCUGAUAUGUUAUUUAGUGUUAAACCUCAUGUUUUCUCAAUUUGAAUGUUCUGUUUUCCAUUUUGUUCCUUUUGAGAUACUUUAAUGUAUGUCUGUAUGUGUGCAUGUGAGAGGCACAGGCAAUUUUUGAUAUUUCAUUGUUAUUAAAACCUUGGCUUCUCCUGUUUACCGUAAGCUGUCGGGGUUUUCCUGGCUCAGAAUGGGCCUUUGGGGGGGCAAGAAAAUCCUCUGUGCAGGAAAAACCCUGAUUAUUACCAAUAUGGCUCUGUAUUUGUAUACUUGGAAAAUACUUGUGUGUAAAUGUGCAUCUUUUGUGUAUGCUAAUGCAUGGGCCUUGUACAAUUUGGAUUCAAAAAGAAAUGAUUCACAGAAUUACGCUGUGCUCUGGAAAGUUUCUUGGCUCAGCUGACAUGGUAGACUUUCUAGAUCUUACAUUAUAUUGGGCCGUUUUGCUCAUUUUGUAGUGCUGUGGUGCAACAGAGUCCUGAAAAAUGCAAAUAAACCUACAGUGGACAGUUUUACCUCAGUAA